AUGGCGGCUGAACAGAAAGAUGGACGUCCAGGCAAACAAUCUGGAAAAGAAUCACAGCCUUUAAUUAUAGCCAAAACUCCGGCGGAGGAGCAGCGACUGAAGCUGGAGAGGUUAAUGCGGAACCCUGACAAACCUGCUCCUGUACCAGAACGACCGAAGGAAUGGGCGCCACGUGCCCCUCCAGAGUUUGUACGGGAUGUCAUGGGUUCCAGUGCUGGGGCAGGCAGCGGAGAGUUCCAUGUGUACAGACAUCUUCGUCGGCGGGAGUACCAGAGACAAGACUUUUUAGACCGCCUGUCUGAAAAGCAAAAGUUGGAUCUGGACUAUCUUGAGAAAGUGAAGGAAAACCAAAAGGCUGCUGAAGAGAGAACAGCCAAACGCAGAAAGAAAAGGGAAAAGAUGAAACAAAAGAAGUUGAUGGCGAAAAAAGCCAAGCUGGAGAGCAAAAAAGAUGGAGACUCUGAAGAGGAAGCCUCGUCCAGUGAGCAGGAGAAGGAGGAGGAAGAGGAGCAAGAGGCAGAGGAUGAUGCGGAGGUGCCCAGCUUUGUCAUGGGGAGGAGGUGACAGGUAUCCAAGCUCCCGUCAGAGUGUGAAUCAGAAGACCCGCCAGGACUCUACCUGUCCACCACACUAGCCCCCCCCUCUCAAGGCUAAACACAGCUGUGGGGGAUGGUUAGAAUAAAGGCAGCGAUUUGAUGUAAAAAUGUGUGUGUGUGUGCGCGUGUGUGUGUUUUUAAUGUGUACAUUUUGUUUUCUUCUUCCUUGAAAGAUGCUGGCAUUGAAAUCAUGUGAAUUGCAUUCACGUAUCGUUGCCGAUCAUUUUAUGUGUAAUCCAGUUGAUUGACAAGCAAGAUCUGUGGGAAUAGCAGUCUUUACUGGGGAAUUCAGUCACACUGGGAACAUUCAGUCUGAACAUGUUUGUACAGAAUGUGUAUAUUUUUCAAUAAAC